AGGUUUGGCCAAAGCAGAAGUAUUGAAACUAGCAAAGCACGUCGCGAAAUUCCAACACGCGUUGUGCAAAACUGGAGGAAGAAGCUGCACGAAAUCGCAUAGCAUUCGGAUGACCUCAUUUCCAACAGCUGUCUCAGUAAAAGAGUCGGGUUACGGCAGGGAAUCGUGGAAGACUGUCUAUCUGUCUGCCUGUUUGCGUUUUAGAGAAUCGAAACGUCGCCUCGUUUUCGAUUGCAGGCAGCAAGCCGCCAGCCACGGGAAGGCCAUCUCGGCGACUCUCGACAGGGCGAGAACCGCCGAGGCCGCGCUCCGUCGCAAGCAGGCUCACCAGAGGAGGCUGCAGACCAUCCACAAGUCAGCCUUGGCGUCGGCCAUGGCGCCGGACGCCAGCGUUUGCCAAGGCCCCUUCUGCCCAUUCGUGAGCACCGAACAACUACGCCUACAAGAGCGCAUGCGCAGGAGGCGGUGUUUCGCCGACCAGGAACUGAUACAAGCCCUGGCUGCACUAGCUCAACAACACCAGCAAGCAACGCCAUUCAUCGGCCCUGGGUCGCUGCCGAAUGCAUUGCCUCCGGGACUCCCUCCCAUUACGCCGCCGCCUCCACCGCACACACCGGAAGAGGCCCUGCUGCGUCACCACUUUCGGUUGCUCAGCUUCGCUCGACAUCCGGUGCCCACUCCAGGACACUUCCGGAGUGGGGUCGCGGGGAUCGACUCAAGCCUUGCCUACGGCAGUGGUUCAACGGCCCAGCACGCGUACCCGCUUCACGACUACGACGACUCCCGUUACCCCGUCUCCGUAAGCGGCGGCGGCGGCUGUUCACCGCCCUUCCUGCCACUUCCGGUACCAACGUCCGGGAGACCGGAACUCGCCGCGAGUGUUUCCGCGCGCAGUGCGAGGGUCGGCGCGUCCUGCUCGGAUGACGUCACGCCCCGGCCUCUCGUAGUCCCGACAAGUACCUCGCCCCAACCGCCGGACUCGGCGCCGCGAUUCCGUCACGCGCCGGCGGCGGAAGCGACGUCACCUCGGACUCCACCUCUUCCGGUGUCAUCGUCGAGAGCGGAAGUGAGCUCAACUCCUGCCAACCGGGAGAAGAAAGCGCGUCUAUCAUUUUCCGUGGAUGCCAUCAUGGGGAUCAAGUGAAGGACGGCGAACCCUGAUGUAUGCGGGGUUGAGGAACGUGGGUGUCAUGUGCUUGCUAACAUUAUCGAAAUCAAACGGCGACAAAGGAACGAAGGGCUAUAGACUCGGACAGUACGAGGGCUGACCGGGAUCUAGUCAAAGAUGCCACAUGCAUAAGGAUUCUCCUCCGAGUGUUAGCUAAACGUCUUUCGUCUUGAAUAUCAAAAAAGUGUAUGCAAUUCAUGAGUGUCAUGUUGCGGCUCGAGAUGGCUUUUGGGCCAAGAACCCACCAAGCCCAUCGAUGAGUACGACCGGUAGUAAGAUUGAAGGAAAAGGAGUUUAUUUGGAAGCCCGCUACAUACAUGAGUGUAUUAAACGUCUCAGUUCCCAUCACGACACUCUUAAUACAAUAGUCUUUCCUAAGCGCCUAGACUAGGGAAUCUGACGACUGUGUCCCAGCCAAUCACAAUCGCAUCGUUCCGCCUCACUCCACCUCCGAUGGUGCUAAAUAUGUCCGGCAUAUUUAGCAAAACGAGAAAGUUUAGCAAGCACGCCGCAAUCUCAGAAUCCGAGCUCGGCGCCGUUCUUCGGUAGCAUUCAAAGUUGGCCCUUUUCAUCAUUAGUACAAGCUGUCAGCUACUGGUAGAGGGGCCUUUUGUGAACCCGUAAACAGCCGGUGUCAGCGCGUGUUGACUUCUGGGUAGGCGCUGAUGAAUGGGUGGGGUUGCCCCGUGGCAAACGUCUAAUCAAUGCCCUCCGCCAUAUUGAGACGUAACAGUCAUUAGUUUCUGACGCGCCCUGCGCACAUCUUGCAUGCACCGCAUGCCUUUCCAUGUGUGCACAUAUAUCGUGAACAGCGCCCAAGUUGCCUGAGUCUAUUGUCCUUUGUUCCUUCCACGCUGUGUGAUUUCGACGAUGCUAACCUACCAACUCUACCAAGUUGCCGUUCGGUCCAGUGGCAGCUAAAAACAGGAUGCAGAAUCUCCUGCUGAGGACAUCGCUACAUGCAUGCUGAAUGCGGUCACAGCCAUCCAGCAGCAGAGGAGGAGGUUAGAAGGGCCAAUUGGUUGCAUCAGCCGGGCCCAGUGUACAAGAUGGAGGCACCACUGCAGGCGACAUCAAUUACCAGACGUUGUUCACCCUCUGAAACGACCGAGCUGCCUAGCUUCAGACAAUGAGACGACGGCCGACGUAAUGAGCAUGACGCGGCGAGUGGUUAACAUAGGUGUCUGCGUGAACCCGCGUGCAGUGAUUGUGAUCGUGGUGCUUCGCAGUGAAACCGACUGUUGCGGAUAAACACGUACGCGAACAGUGGGUGCCGCUCACAUUGACUUUGUCCGGUGAGCUGCUGCAGUUUGCGGAAUCCAGGUUACGCCAAGCGCUGGUGACGCCACCUUGUGACGCUCAUUUCAACUACAACAGUGUGAUCUAUGGGGCUGGUUGGUUCAUCUUUAGAAUAAAAACUGGAACAGCGCAACACAGGACGAGUCAGUAAAGAGCACAGGACGGAGCGCUGUCUGUGCUCUGUCUUGCGCUCUGUCCUGUGCUGUUUACUCACUCGUCCUGUGUUGCGCUGUUCCUGUGUUUAUUCCAACUACAGCAUAUCAAACAGAUGACAGCAAGGGCAUUGUUCCAGUCUACCGAUGGUUUAAAGGCGUCGACAACGACAGCCGCUAGCGCAUAAUGAACAUUUCCUUGCUUUCAGCCAGUACACCCAUGACACUUAAGAACGUUUCUAGCGAGUUGUGGUUAAGCUAACGCCCACAAGAUGUCGGUGCCAGCACUGCCGCUAUACGGUGUUCCAGUUUUAUGUAUACACAAACAGUAUACGUACCGGCUAAAGCGUCCUAAUGACAUUGGUUGUUGCGUCUUUAGGGAGGACCAACCUCUGGCACCAUGUAAACUGACGUUAUCGACAAACGGAUUCGAGUGCUGGGCGUGAACCACAUGCUGCAUUUUGUGAUCACAAAUCUUAUAUGAGACCGGCAUGUUGCGGACACAUGUGAAAAAAAAAAAAAUACUGGAUGCAUGAGCCCAUGGGCGGACUUUGAUAUGUACGCAUACGAAAGUCGUCACUUUUGAUUUUAUGUAUUAGUGAAGACGACGCCGUUUGUGUAAUCUUUUGAAGCACCCUGUACUUUCGUGAAGACUCCAUCUUUCGUACGUUAACAUCCAUCCCUUAUAUUCUUUCACAUUCACUCGUCUUUUGUGUUGGGUUGCUCUCAGAGGUGUUCUUUCUUAUAAUGUAAAUAUAUGUUUUCUUGUUGAAAAAGUGUGGCACGAAACUUACAAAAGACAUGUUGCGUUUGUUACAUGACUGAAGCACAGAUACUUGACGUGAUGAAUCUGGAAAAAACGUGUGUCGUUGAAAUACAG